ACUCACCUCAGAAGCACAGGAGAGGACAGAGGGCGCCGCCAUCUGAGGCUUCGAGAUUUGAGGUUCGAGGUUCGAGGUUCGAGGUUCGAGAUUGCUAGGCCAACAAGCCGCCGUGAUCCGCGGGGCAGCGCAGCGAGCCACACAUCAGAGCAGCCUCCCAGUCUCCCCCACCCCCGCCCCGUGCACGAUUAUCGCCACCAGAGUAGUCACCCUUCCUCUCUGAUUUCCAAUUGCAUGCCGCGCGCUGCGGGGCUAGCCUCGGACCAGCAGCUGCCCGUCGACACCGACGUCCCGUGCGAUUGGACAGGAGCCUUUGAGGGCUUCCCAUCUUCCUGGCACACAUGGCAUUCUGGCACCGCUGUGUCAGACCAGGGACGGCGAGAUGCGCAUGCGAAUUCGAGCUUGCUCUCACCGAGGGCAACGUCAGAACUUUCAGAGGCACGCAGACGGGAUAGGAAGGUGCCCGUUACCCUCCCCGAAGGACGGCGCCGGCGAGGAGACUGGAAGUGGGCGUCGGCAUGGGCCAUGGAGCUCGCAGUGGCUCUCUGCAUUAUAAGGUUUGGCUUCCCCAGACCAGACUUAAUAACUUUCAAUACCAACCGUAACGUCACGGUUGAUUUAUCUGCUACACCAACCAUUCUUGACCUUUACCAAUUCCUGACGGAGCAGCCUGAGACGCUGAAUUCUAUAUUUGCGUUUUCUGUUUCAAAACACAAAGACCCGGGCUCCCAUUCGCACACAGCCACCAAGCACGCACAAGCAAAUCCCCUCGCCUCGCUUCUGACCUCCCUCGCCUUCCUCGAUCCCCACGACCUUUUCCAACGGCCGUGGCAAUCGCCGUCCACGAACGUCAAUUCUGCUCCGAGUUGCGGCGCCACACAAGAAUUAUUGUCUUACGACGGAUCUGGUAUCUGUCCCAUAAUCAACAGGGCGCGCUGUUAGAAGCUGCCCCGUCCGUUAUUCGCUUCCUUGUCAACCUCAUUGUCGAAAGUCUGGUACACUUUACCUACCUACGACCGGCCUAGAUCUCCAGAUUCUAGACCUCUGCACAGGAACUUUGCAGCGCAUCUGACGUAUCUUUUAUCACUUCGGCCGCAUCGAUCGAGCACGCACGUUUACUAAGGAACGAAAGCCCCUGGACUUGUUGAUUUUAACGAGAAGACGAAGCAAUUAUAAUGCCCCCAACCAGAACUCUCCCACCGGCGAAGGCAGUCAAGGUGCGCACUGAACCCCAUUACCAGCCCACCCGCUA